CUGCUGUCAUGGAGUCCCAGAGCCUCCUCCCACCCGCGCGGACCCGUCUAUGUGGCUGCUCCUAGGGAAGCGUGGCGUGGAGCUCCUGGUCCUCGGGGGUGGCCGCGGCAGGUGGGGAUGGGGUGCUGGGAUGCUGAGGCCGCGGGGCUCCGCCCCGUCUGCUGUGCGCAAAUUGCGGGAGCCUUCCCAGCCGCUGGCCCCGGCGUCCUCUUCCCCCUUCCCCAUGCGCGGUGGUACGCUCCGGCCCGCUUGGCCCCGCUGCAGUGGAUGCUGCUAGAACCCACGCGGAGGAAGGAAGACACGCAGGCAGGCUGCGGUGACCCAAGCAGCUGUUCCUGCCUCAGGGACCCCUUCCCUGCGAGAGGACACCAUGACCCAGGGAAAGCUCUCCGUGGCUAACAAGGCCCCUGGGACAGAGGGGCAGCAGCAGGAAAAUGGUGAGAAGAAAGAAUCUCCAGCAGUACCCUCAGCACCGCCCUCCUAUGAGGAGGCCACCUCCGGGGAGAGGAUGAAGGCAGGGCCCUUUCCGCCGGCUCCCUCUGCUGUGCCGCUCCACCCAAGCUGGGCUUAUGUGGACCCUAGCAACUAUGAGAGCCGGUUUCCUGGAGACCAUGAACUCUUCACCACCUUCAGCUGGGACGACCAGAGAGUUCGCAGAGUCUUCAUCAGAAAGGUUUAUAGCAUCCUGCUGCUGCAGUUACUCAUCACCUUCGGUGUUGUGGCUCUCUUUACAUUCUGUGACCCUGUUAAGGACUAUGUCCAGGCCAACCCAGGCUGGUACUGGGCAUCCUAUGCUGUGUUCUUUGUCACCUACAUGACACUGGCCUGCUGUUCUGGACCCAGGAGGCACUUCCCAUGGAACCUGAUUCUCCUGACCAUCUUUACCCUGUCCAUGGCAUACCUCACAGGGAUGCUGUCCAGUUACUACAACACCAAGUCUGUGCUGCUCUGCCUGGGCAUCACUGCCCUUGUCUGCCUCUCAGUCACCCUCUUCAGCUUCCAGACCAAGUUUGACUUCACCUCAUGCCAAGGGGUGCUCUUCGUGCUACUCAUGACGCUUUUCUUCAGCGGCCUCAUCCUGUCCAUCCUUCUGCCCUUCCAAUAUGUGCCCUGGCUCCAUGCAGUGUAUGCUGUACUGGGAGCUGGCGUGUUCACAUUGUUCUUGGCAUUUGACACCCAGUUGCUGAUGGGCAACCGCCGCCACUCACUGAGCCCUGAGGAGUACAUUUUUGGAGCCCUCAACAUUUAUCUGGAUAUCAUCUAUAUCUUCACCUUCUUCCUACAGCUCUUUGGCACCAACCGGGACUGAGGCGCCCUCCCAUGUUUCCUCCUCCCUUCAGAGAAUGCCCCUUGCUGGUUCGUGGAUCCCCUGGCCCCUGCAAGCCCACAGAUAAACUAGCUGCUGCCCAGCCUGUGGCUGCCUGCACCUCCCCUUAGCCCCACCCCAUCCUCAGCCAUGAGGGGCCAAAGGUCACACCAGCUUUGGCUGCCCUGCCUGUACGUAGCCCCAUACUCUAGAACAGGAAGGCAGAGGCCCUUCUGGGUCAGAGGACCUCAGGAAUGAGUGGAAGGGGCCCCACAGGAUCUCACAUGUGGAAAAAAAAACCAAGAUACCUGGCUGAGACAUGCCCCUGACCCAUGAUUCCUCCUAUGACUGUCACUGUUAUGGCACCUUAGGACAUGCCACAGGUUCUCCAGUGCACACCACAUUCCCUCCAGGGCAAGCAUUGACAGUCUGAGGAAGGGGACUAAGGGUUCCUCAGGGUGAGGGGAGGCUGCUCAGACCUCAAUGGCUUGUUCUCAGCAUGGGACCUCCCCAGGGCCCAUGGAGAGCAGGGAGAAGUGCCAUCAGCACUGGACUCAGUUUACCCUUCUGAGUCAUGACUUGAGCUUGUUGUGGCAGAAGGUGGGGGCUGGAGAACCCUGCUCCUAUGUAGGGACUGCUGUCCUCUGGCUUCAAGGCUAGAGAGCAAGGCUGUACUUUGACUUUCAUUUGAAGGAGCCCACAGCUAGGCUCAGGGCAGAGAUGCAACCUCUAACUUCACAGGCCUGUGCCUUGGAUGGCGGAUGUUCCCCAACCAGGAGGGUCAUUGGAGCUGAGCCAGCCCCACUUCUAGGGAAUCCUGCCUGCCAGCCACCUUCCCCAGGCCUUUCUGCAUGUUUCCUGAGCCCUCCCCCACCUGCAGCCAUUAGCUGACUGCUCCCCAGCUGGUGUCCUGGGCCCCAGUUGGUAUUUCCCCUGGCCCUUUCUCUGGCUGCUCGGUAGCUCAGCUCAGAGUCCUGCACCCCCUCCACUCCUUAUCACCUAAUCAGUUCAAUUUGGAGGCUGCCCAGCUGAUGCUAACAGCCAGGGCCAAUGCUUCCAGCUGCUCCAUGUGAUGAGGUCCAGCCUCCUUAUCAGCCUCCAGGCAGCUGAGAUCUCAGGCCAGGUAUGUCAGCCACGCAGCCACUGCAGGCCCCAGCCAGAGUCGGGAGGGGAUCAGGGGCCACACCUGGGGAGCAUGCAGCCAGUACCUUCUUGAAGCCAGCUCAGGGCUAGUGGAAAGUUACUGGAUGCAAACAGAGAAUACCCAGAACCUCCCGGGGCCUCUCCCCAGGGCUGUGACCCUCCCAUUGCUGGAGGUGCUGCCUCCUUCUGUCAUUCAUCUUCUCUCCUCUGCUCCACCCUUCCUAUUUCCAGCUUUGAAAAAAUAUUGCAGAAGCUCUG